AUGCCAUCAUCAAAUGAGCAGAUGUAUCGCUUUCGAAUACAUGCCAAUCCGGUAUUUCAGUGGAGCCCUCGUCUAAAUGAACUUGACUUCAUUGGCAUCCUCUCCAAUGUUAGCGCGAUCAAGAUCCGCGGGACUUAUUCGACCGGAGAUGUCGGCUUCUUAAGUAAUGUACAUUUGGGCACCGCAAGUUUGGCGCCAUCCGGAUACGAGUCACGUGAGGCACACUGGAUUGAAUCGUGCAGCUGCCUAGAA